CAAACGUGCUACGUGCGGGAAACGCUUCUUUUCCCCUCGCUUUUAGCUCACAUCCAUGCUCAGUUGAAUUGGAACAAUAACAAUAAUAAAGAGUACAAAGAUUAUGAUAUGAUUAUAAAAUAUUAGUUGACAUAUUCACUGCGCGUUCCAUUCCGUUUCGUUCCGCUGCGCUUUUCCAACCGGCGUUUCUGCGCAUGCGUGCGUGCUUGCACUGCGUGCUGCAACUUAGUGUUUGUGUUGGUGCGACGCUUUAAAUGGCGUUUUAAGUGAAAUUAAAAUGACGGAUGUGCUGUAAUUUGCACACUCACGCUCGCUCGAUAAAUACAACAACAACAGCAGCAGCAGCAACAACAACGAAUGAAACCAAGAAUCCAGAGGAAUAAAUAAUAGCAAACACAACACAACCAACACACGCCGUUUGGUGGGGCGUUGUGUCCGUAGCAUGUGCCUCAGUUGAUCGAAUUAAGUGCGAGUUUUAUAGCGCCCGCGGGACCGGGAACUGCAAUUGACUGCCCAACCGGAAAUGCAAGCUCCCAACAACAAGUGUAACACCCCCGCCCAGGAAGCGUCGGCAAUAAGUGCUAAUAAGUGAGCCGCAGACUAUAGCUAAAACCGGAUGCAGGGCCACUAGUAAUUGCCAGAUUCAGUUAUCACCCUGCCUCGUUCAAUUGGAAAAAUCUGUUGGUUUUCGGUGCUCAGUUUAAUUUUUAUUUUUUUUUAGUCAUGCCUAGGCGGCUCAUCACAUAUUUGCCUAAGUAGCUAAGCAACUAAGUAAUUUCGUCACGCACUGCGCGCGCUGCAUUCGUUACCCCACAAAAUGCGGCUUUUGCUUCUGCUACGGUUGCCCCCCUCCCCGCAAAGGGUAGCCCCCCGCCACCGAAACGCAUAAACAAGCUGCAAAUUAAAAAAAAAAAUAAAACUAAAUAAUACAAAGAAGCGCAGAAGGUUAAAAAAAAGGGUAGACAACAAAAACUCAAGGUGCGUUGCACUCGUUUUGUCAUUGAUUCCGCGGAUGCGAAAUAGCAUGCGGCAGUUGCAGGCAGAAAAGAGCACGGGCAACAGCUGCUGCGACAAAAGCCAGGCCAAAAGCAAAAGCAACGGCCAAAACCAAAACAGCGAUUAUUUCAGGCAUCCGCCUCCACCUUCCCACCACCCCCUCCCUGCCAAGCCCGGUAACAGAAACAGAAACCCUUGCUGCUGCCUGUCUUUUGUAACGUGGCCAGAACGUUGCCGGGCAAUUAUUAUUUUGUAAGACGUUUUACAAUUUAAUGGUUUUCAUGAAUGGACUUGGAUCCGACCCUCUGUCAGCAAAGGAGGCAGAGGGCCCUCCGGUUCAGGUUGAACCAGUUGAUCUGAGCUUACGUUCGCCGCGCGCGAGCACUUCGCAUGGGAGCAGCAGUAGCAGCUACAAAUUCUCGUCGGCCAACAAGGCAGUUGGCUAUAGCAAUGGCAAGCCGGGCGGAUCCUCCGGCUCGUCCUCGUCCUCGGGCUUCGGAGCGGGCUCAGCCGGAUCCUCGUCUUUGGGCGCUUUUGCUGCCCAGCAGCAGCAACAACUGUAUGCCUCCUCCGGAGUGUCCAAGUUGCCAUUCUCGCCGUUCUUCGCGGCCUCGCCAUUCUUUUUCACCUAUCGACGGAUCAGCGGAAGCGGAAGUGGACACGGCACCGGAAGUGUCAGCGUCAAGCAGGAGGACAACAACAACAGCUGCAGCUACAAUAACGGCAGCAGCAGCGGCGGCGCAGGAUCUGCGGCGAAUAGCAUGCAGGACUACGAGAGCAAGUUCUCGCUGCUGAGCCUGUUCAAGAAUCCCUACAAGUUCGCCGGCGGAGAUGGCCAGGCCUCGCGCAAGACCUCGCCCACUGGCGGCUCCAGCAAGCCCCUGGCCUCCAACUCCUCGCCCAGCUGGAAGAGCUACGUCGGAUCAGCAUCGCCCCACGCCGCCCUAAAUCCCGCAUUCGGGGGCAUGGGUCGGGGGGCGACGCGCAAGGAUAGCAGCAGCUUCAGUGGGAUUAACUUUGGAGGCGGCAGCUCCGCCUUCGGAUUCACCACCUCCUCCGAUUCGAUGGCCAACGGCGGCUACAAUGAUCUCUCCAAGAACCGCAAGGUGCACAAGUGCGACACCGAAGGAUGCGACAAGGUGUACACCAAGAGUUCGCAUCUCAAGGCGCACAAAAGAACGCAUACAGGUGAGAAGCCGUACGUGUGCACGUGGGAGGGCUGCAUCUGGCGCUUCGCCCGGUCGGAUGAGCUGACCCGGCACUACCGGAAGCACACGGGGGUGAAGCCCUUCCGCUGCCAGCUGUGCACCCGGAGCUUCAGCCGCUCGGACCACCUGUCGCUGCACAUGCGCCGCCACUGAGGAUUUGGAACUGCCGAUCUGGCCAUACUCAUACUCGUACCCGAACUACUCACAUCCGAGAAUACUCAUCUGAGAUGCUGUCGUGGAGCAGCUCUUGAUUAUUUAUAUGCACUCGAAUCACUUCCAUUGAUCAUUCACUGAGACCGAUAUUCCAUGUCGCCUAAGUAGCUCAAUUUAGACCUUAAGAGGGCUCAAAGCCCAACUUAGAUGUAGUUAGAGUGUAGUUUUGUGGCGGAAAGAUUUGUAAAAUUUUUCACAUUUUAAGCCCAGAGACAAUUGCCUUCAGAAGCCAAGUUAACAAAGUGGAUUUUUACCUACUAUACAUAGACAUAUCUCCAUAGUUAAAUAUAUUCAUACGGAUAGUUUUGGAUUGGUGCUAGCAACUUGCGUGUACAUAGUUCUAGAUAAACAUAUACAGCCCCUGGAGCGGUAAGAUGAAAUUUAACUAAUUUUAGAUCAAAUUUUUAUUGGUUAUUAAGUAGAAAAUUGUAUACAGAACAAUAACAAAAGAGGCAAAACAAUCCGAAAAGCAAAGCAAUAUUUAUAUACAUAUAUAGAAACACUCUAAUCUGCAGGGUGUUUUCAUCAUUUUGUACUAUACGCAUAUGGUGGAGUGAUAGUUGAUGAGGAUUUUUACUUAAAGGGGAUCGAUGAGGGAAGUGUUUGAUAGCGUCUUUUGAUAAAACAUUGAUAGUUCGAAGACUAAAGGUACGAUGCUCUUAUAAAAAAGCUAAACCAUGGGUGCCUUUAAUUCUAUAACAUAUUUGAUAAAAUUAAGAUAUUAUUUUUAAUUUCUUUCUUCUUCUGUUAAUCCUAUAAGUACAUUUUUCACCAUGUAGAAAUAUCUACGCAUACGCUUUAAGCUGCCUUAUAGCCACGCAACGCACUGUAUUCCCUGGCGAACCCCAAUAGCAAUUUGCCUCAUACCAACUGUCAUCAUAGAUUUUAGCACACUCAUAGACCAACAUACACACAAAAGCAAACAAAUUGUAUUAUUUUUUGAGAAAUAAAAGAAAAGCGAAUACUUUUUUGUACCAAACGAA